GUCCAUCCCUCGAUGCAGGGGCAGCAUCGUCUCCACGACAUGUCGCAGCCCAGCCACGGCCCCGUUUACUCCUCAGGGUCAAUCCCGGGGGCCUCUGCACAUCUCUCGUCGUCAAUGCUGUCUCAAUCAUCGCAUGCAUCAUCUACAGCUCAUUCAAGCUCAGUUGCUGCCGACGUGCCCGUCAAGUCAUCGAGAGACCGCAAGCGGACGUCGGCAGUCCAGGAAACCAAGGAGCAUCUAUCCAAGAACCGAAGCCGGACGAAAAAUCCUCUCAGGGUCACCCGAACUGCGGAUGAGUCCGAGGCAGUCGACGACGGAUCAGACGACGAUGCAGGCGAUCAGGGCAUGUCACAGCCGCUGGCCGAAGAUCAAGCACUCUCGGCUGCUGCUGAUGGGAAUCUAGCUCAUGGUAUUGGUGCUCAAAGUCCGGCUGAAGCAGAUGAAGCCGGCAAACACAAUAAUUCUAUGGAAGGCAGCGAUGCACUCGGGCCGUAUGACUCUGUCGACCUCGGAGAUGCGAUUGAGGGCACUAAUGAUGCAGGGCACGACGAUCGGGGCUCAGCUGUCGAUCCGCUUGCAGUCGGUGGCCGUAUGACUACGGCCACGAAAGCGACGUCGACAAGGGCCCGAUGAGUGCGGACUUGCUGGACGAUAAGGACAUGCUCGCCGACUAUGGGACAAGCCUCAAGCCGAGAGAGCCAAGAGAGCCGAGCGAGCCGGCUGCUGCUACUGCGACGACGGAACAAACGGGCCUGGCGCCCAUCGCAGGGCUCAAGGAGAACCCGAGCCAUGAGAUGCUCGUGC